AUGGGCUUUCAAUUUGCCUUCGUGGGUGACCUACUGUCCAGCCUGGACGACAACAGAACGGCUAAGGCAUCGACUGCAUCGAGGAACGACAGUAUCAACACAGUUGCCCAGUGGUUUUCACGUCAUGAAGGGGCUAUUCAUCAUGCACAAACAGACCGGGUAGCUUUGCUUUCGUGUAUAUUUCCCGAAAAACGGACGGACCGAGUAUACUCGUUGCAGGCCACGAAACUAUCAAGAGUCAUCGGCCGUUGCUUAGGGUUGGGAUCGUCACGAGUCUCUGAACUCAACCAAUGGCAAAAUCCUGGCGGUUCUGAUCUCGGAGGUUGUGUGGAGAAUGUCAUGAGGCAGGCCGAGAAUUACAUCCCCGCUGGCCAGGAAAUAUCGAUAGAAGAAAUUGAUCGUGCCAUGGCCCUGCUUGCAUCGCGUUGCCGUCAUUCUGGUCCCAAGAUCCGCCGGGAUCGUACAGCCGUGAAUGUUGAGGAUAUUAUAUCGAAAUUGUACCGCCGAUUAAGUAGUCGUGAUGCCAAGUGGCUCACUCGCAUGAUACUCAAAAGCUACUCCCCCGUCGUUGUCCCAGAAAGUUAUACAUUGAAGAAGGUCCACUUUCUACUGCCACAAUUGCUUCAGCUCCAGAACUCCUUUGAAGGGGCGUUGGGAAUGCUCGCCUCGGAUCCAAUUAGCCAAUUCCCACCAAAUCCGGAUGCCAAAACGGCCAAAAGACUUAGUGACAUUGCUCGGCACCAUUUGCGCCCUCGCCCUGGUGUCAAGGUUGGUCGACCUGAUUAUUACAAAGCUCGCAGUAUCAAACACUGUCUCCAGAUGAUCAAUGGCCGUCGAAUGAGCAUUGAACGCAAAUACGAUGGUGAAUACUGCCAGAUCCACAUCGACCUCUCUAACAAGUUCACUCCCAUUCAAAUCUUUUCCAAAAGCGGCAAGGAUUCGACCGCGGACAGAGACAAGAUUCUACCUGUGGUAGAGAAAUGCCUGCGUAUUGGGUUACCUGACUGUAAAAUUUCCCACCGAUGCAUUCUCGAAGGAGAGCUGCUUGUAUGGAAUGAUGAUGAUGGUGAGCUCAUGGACUUCAACAAACUUCGAAGGCUCAUUCCACGAUCGGGCACUCUCCUUGGUGUCGAGAGUGAUUCUCCGCCUCAACCGUAUGAACACCUGAUGAUCAUGUUCUUUGACAUUCUCCUUCUUGAUGAUGAAUUAUGCCUCGCGAAGGCCCAUAGGUUACGCCGAUUACGUUUGCAGGAAGUAGUGAUGACCAUUCAUGGUCGGGCAGAUCUCGCCGAGCAAGAAGUCGUUGACUUCGGCCGAGUUGACAGCUAUCGCCGGCUCGAAAUAAGUUUCGAGAAAGCGAUUGCCAGACGUUGGGAGGGAUAUGUCCUAAAGGCUUCCGACGAGCCUUAUUUUCCGAUCUACUGCUCUGGUGUAGAUUACAUGUUCGGUCGGUGGAUCAAACUCAAGAAAGAUUAUAUCCCUGGCCUUGGAGACACAGUGGACCUUGCGUUGAUUGGAGGGACUUACAACUCUAAAGAUGCUCCUAGCUUAGGACAUAUCAAAAAACUGAAAUGGACGCACUUCUUGAUUGGUUGUCUUACGAACAAAGAAGAGGUCAAAGAAAACAAUGCCUUGCCGCAUUUCCGAGUGGUUGAUGUGGUUGGUCGAUUCGGUAUGAGCAUUCAGAACAUGCAAAUGCUCAAUCAUCAUGGCGAGUUUUAUGCCCGUGAACCGGACAAUUAUGAAGGCUUCCACCUCGAGUACGGAUGCGAGAGCCUUCCCAUUGCAACCGCUCUGUUCAAGCACCCGUUCAUCGUUGAAAUGCUAGGCAGUGGAUUUGAGAAACCCUCUGGCGCUAGAUACUUCACACUUCGCUUUCCUCGCAUUUUGAAGAUCCAUUCGGAUAGGACUUUGGAGGAUGCAGCUUCUUUGCGCGAAUUGCACCUCCUAGCAGAGGAAGCCCGGGCUGUACCCACAGAUGAGCUGGAAGAGCGCGAAAAAUGGUCACAGCGCCUAAUGGCUGGGAAUGGGCUAAACCAGUUCGUUAAGCACUCGCCGAGCCCAGAGGCAACCUGUUCAGACACAGACAAUGAGACGGAUUCUCCGUCAAUCCAGGCUCCCAAAUUCUCCCAAGCUGCCAUAUCCUCCGGUAAUGGUGUGAUGGAGACACUUCCAUUGAUGGAAGGGCUGCUUGCAGAGUCCACCGGGGAUGAUAAACAUGACGGAUUACACAAUGACCACCCAGAUCCUCCUAUGCUCUAUAUUGAUGAGACGAUACUUCCCACGGAAGCUCAGGAUUCAUUCCUCGAGAACAGUGUACUCGCAGACAACGAGAAUCUGUCCUCUCGUCGGAAAUCUAGCCAGAAAGAUGAAAAGGCUGCACCACAGGAAUCCGAAGAGUCUAUUGCGGCCGUUUGUUUCGAUAUGCCACCGCAGCCCGUGUAUUAUGAUCUUCCAAGACCAAUUCAAAGAACCACUCUUGUCUCCGCACACAGGGUGUAUUCUCAAGAAUUACAAGACCCACAGACAUCACUCUGGGGGAAGUUGGUUGCGCCUAUACGAGUUAGACAGAAACGCAAGAUCUCACCUCAAUCUCCUAUAACAACCAUCCCUAUAUGGACACCCGAAACAUCUUUGGGAAGCUUCACACUUGCAAGUGUUGAUGAUGGGCCUAACAAAGCUCCUGAAAAUCACGAUUUGCAUAAUUUUAUCCACUGUAUCUGCUCUGAUGCAGCGGCUUCUUCGCUCCAACACUCAAAUCCCUAUGCCGCAUCACAGGGGACACGAUUUGGCAUUGUGCUAUUUGAUCCCAAAGCAAGCCAACUAGGUGAAGAAAUGCUCAGGAUUGCCACAGCCCUUUCCAGCGUUGUCCAUGCUGGAGCGAAUGUCAUCCCUGCCACGGGGAAAAUAUUCUUCUUAGGAUCGACCAUCCUAGAUCGAAAUUUGUCCCCUGGUGACCUUCGCUUUUGCUUGCGUGAUACGUGGCAGGAUGUUGGAUGUGUUGACUCUUAUAGCUGUCUUUCUUGGGAUCUGAACAUGAGAUCUGAUAAUAGAAUUAACGAAAGAGAAAAUACCCGCUCUGACUUCGACCAACUCUGUUCUUAUAGGGCCAAUGAGGCAUUUGAGCAAAAGAGCUCUGGGCUGAUGCCCCCAUGGAUCCAGAUGACCUUUGAGGAGACAGAUGUUGCUGUGCUGGGCGAAUAUAUCUCGAUCGAACCACUAGCCCAUAUCCUAGAUAUUUGA